AUGACGAGGGGAUUGACUCGCCAUUUCUCGCGCACUAAAGCUCAUCGCGAUGCUAUGUUCAGGAAUCUGGUCACCCAGCUCUUCCAGCACGGCUCUAUAGUCUCGACACAUGAAAAAUGUCAGGAAGCGAGCAGGCUAGCAGAAAGAAUCAUUACGAUGGCUAAGGGCCUGGAGAGACACCCAAACUCUGCUAAAGAGAUCCAGUCGCGCCUGUCGCUGGCAGGAGACGCAAGUCACCUUUUACACCGCGUUGUGGGUGAACUGGCACCUCGUUACCAAAACAGACCUGGUGGGUAUACCCGUAUCUUAAAGCUGGAACCACGUUUGGGAGACCGUGCUAAGCAAAGUGUCUUGGAGCUGGUCGACGCUCCCGUCGUGGACAAGAAUGGCGCACUUCAAAGGGGAAACAUCAGGCUUUGGCUACUCUGCAAGACAGCAAUUGCCAACGAGACCGCUGGUGUCGCAUACUCACCUCUGACGCUACAAAACUUCGCCAAAAUGCUGAAAUUCAGGCCGGAUGCUAGUGAGUUCUUCUCGCGCGACGUUAUGGCCGUCAGACGUUUCAUAAAACAAGAGAUGGGACUCCCUCACGACGAGGCCACCGAGCACGAAAUCAUUUCCAAACUGCAAGAACAGGUAACUGCGCUACCAAAUCACAAACUACAAAGCAACAAUGCUCCAGGCUACACGCUAGUAGCGGAAAGACCGCAGCGUUGA